AUCAUGGAAGCCGUUCAAACUUACGGUCGCAAAAAAACCGCCACUGCUGUUGCCUAUUGUAAGACUGGUAAGGGUCUUCUCAAGAUCAAUGGUGCCCCAAUUGAUCUUGUUGAACCAGAUAUCUUAAAGUUCAAGGUCUACGAACCAAUCCUUAUUGUUGGUAAGGAAAGAUUCGCCAACGUUGAUAUCAGAGUUACUGUCCGUGGUGGUGGUCACACUUCUCAAAUCUACGCCAUUCGUCAAGCUAUUGCCAAGGCUAUUGUUGCUUACUACCAAAAGUACGUUGAUGAAGCCUCUAAGAAGGAAAUCAAGGAUUUACUUGUCAAGUACGACCGUUCUCUUCUCGUUGCCGAUCCACGUCGUUGUGAACCAAAGAAGUUCGGAGGAAAGGGUGCUCGUUCCAAGUACCAAA